AUGGCUGGUAAGGCCAUGCGACCAGACGUCAUCAUAGGUGCUCUUGAUGGCGAUCAGCUGUCGAGGUCGUUCGAGGUUGUUGCUUCUAACGGUUUCAUACUUGACCUCGCAAAAAAAGAGCAGAUGCUCGAGGCUAGCAGUCUUCCAUUGAGCCAUUUCCUCAGAGGUGUGACAUAUAGUGCAUGCCAUCUGGAUGAGUUCAUGCGGACAGCCAAACCAGCCGAGGUGGCCGAUCUAAUGAGGCGAGUAUGGCAGGAAGCCGCCGCCCAGGAUGUCGGGGGCUCCAUGCCGGUAACGAUCUACCCUGGUCAAGAACUGAAGAACGCGCUUGAGCUACUCACCAGUGGGAGGAACAUCGGGAAGGUGGUCGUCGAGUUGGAGGCGCCGACACUGAAUGGCAUGGCUCCUGCGCCCAUAGUGGAUGUACGUUGUAACGAAGAUCCUAUUACUGGUGCUGCGCUGGUUGUCACUGCUCUCGACUCGAAGUUCAUCGCUGAGUCUCCUACGGUGACUGUACGUGCUGCGCGAACGGUACCUGUGGAUUUGCUGAAGCCUCUGGUGAAUCUCAAACCAACCAGCAUCGUCUGCGUCUUCCUCAACGGACUCGAACAAUAG